AUGCCCGAGGUCCGUCGUUCCAGCAACGUGACGAGGACGCUGUCGGGUGCCAGCAACGCCGCCGCCGCCGCCGCCGAUGCCGCCGACGAACCGUCGACGCCCAUAUCUCCCACUGCUUCCGCUUCCGUCGCUGCCGCCGCCGCCGAUCAACCGAGCAAUGUCAACUCGCAGCCUUCGGGACGGGUAUCGACCAGUACAAGGCUAGGCAGCCUGGUCAUCCAAGAACGGAGUCACGACGACAGCGGCAACGCCAGAAAUGAAGACGACGACGACGAUGCUACCGCGACGGCGCAGCACCCCGAACAGGAUACCAUCUACAGGGCCAAGGACGAAACCGCCGGCGGCGGCGGAGGCGGCGGCGGCGGCAGCAGUCUCCUCCCGCACAGCUCCGCGACGGCCGCCGACGGUCUCCCCAGACGGAGCCUCUCGUACGCCCUGCGACCCCAGGCCGAGGCCUACUACGACUCCCGGGCCGCCACGCGCCGGGAGUGGAGGCGCCGCGGCCGGACCCUGGAGGAGUACUACAACGACAACCCGGACCUGCUGCCCCAGCUCCCCUUCACGUGGCGUCACGGCAAGCGACGCUGGCGCCUGUGGUUCUUCGCCUUCAUCGUCUUCGUCGACGCCUCGGCCGUGCCCAUAGCCCUGUACUUUGGGCUCAAGUACGCCGGCCACGUCGAAGAGUACAUCAUCUUCGCCGUCGUCACCUCCAUCUGGGGCGGUCCCACCUACGUCGAGUUCGCCGUCCGCACCCUCCGCCUGCUCAAGAAGGAGCACUUCUACCGCCCGCUCGGCAGCACCAGCCGCUGGUCCUCGGACAUGACCACCUGGGCCUCCAGCCUGGCCAUUUUCGUCCUCACCGUGCUCUUCAUCGUCGGCAGCGCCCCGCACGACGCCUGGAACCGCGUAAUCUCCAUGGCCGCGCCCUCGCUCCUCUGGACCCUCGGCGGCGUGCUCUUCGCCAUCACCAUGCUGCACCGCUUCAACAUCAGGGCUCCCUUCCGCAUCAGCUCUACCUCCAAGGGUGAAAAGGUUCUACCCGGUGCAUACUACUUCAUAGAAGACGUCAUGGCCGUCAACGCCCGCUGCGGCAGACCCUACCGAGAGGCCCUGGCUGCCCGGUACCGCUCCAGUCCGCGUUUCCGCCAGAUGCUCUACGAGCAGUCCAUGUUCUGGUCCGUGCCCUCGCUCAUCCUGGCCGCCGUCCUGACCGUCAUAGCCAUCAUCCCCCAGGUCCCGGAGGACUGGGGCUACGGCGUAUGCUGGGUAGCCCCCUUCCUCUGGAUGUUCGUGUGGGGAUGCAUCUCCAUCCGCUGGUGCAAGAAGAGCAUGGUCAGGGAGCGUCUGGAGUGGGAGGCCGGGAUCAACCCCGACAUCGUCAACAACACCUAG